AUGGCUUCUUCCGUCGGCUGCCAGCAUUAUGUACGCAGCUGCCUCUUGAAAGCUCCAUGCUGUGGGAAACUGUACGUGUGUCGGCUCUGCCACGAUGCAGAGGAGGACCACCAGAUGGACCGCUUCAAAGUCCAGGAGGUUCUGUGCUCCGAGUGUGAAACCCUGCAGAAGGCUCAGAAGAACUGUCAGCAGUGUCAUGUGCAGUUUGGGGAGUAUUACUGCGAUAUCUGUCACCUGUUUGACAAGGAUAAGAAGCAGUACCACUGUCAGCCUUGUGGGAUAUGCAGGAUCGGGCCCAGAGAGAAAUACUUUCACUGUCAGAAGUGCAAUUUGUGCUUAGCCCAGGACCUGAGAGGAAACCACAAGUGUGUCGAGAACGUAUCAAGGCAGAACUGCCCAGUGUGCAUGGAGGAUAUUCACACAUCCCGGAUUGGCGCUCACGUUCUUCCUUGCGGCCAUCUUUUACACAAGACCUGCUUUGAUGACAUGGUCAGAACAGGCGCGUACCGCUGCCCUCUCUGCAUGCAUUCUGCCUGGAACAUGGAGGAACACUGGGAAGUGAUGGACAAAGAGAUCGCUCAGUCACCAAUGCCCGCUGAGUACCAGGGUGCCACUGUCAAAGUCAUUUGUAACGACUGCCAGUCCCACUGCACCGUGCCUUUCCACGUGUUGGGGAUGAAAUGCGCUGAAUGUGGCUCCUACAAUACCGCGCAGGACGGAGGACUCAUGCAGCAGCAGCGGCCGCCGCAGCCCUCGGACCUGCACACGGAGAACGAGCCGGAGCCGGAGGACCAACCCGAAUCCCAGACGUCACAUUAAAAGCCAGGAGGCAGUGACUUUCCCACAUUUGACAUUUGAUGGAUGAACUUCAACAUAUUAAUAUAAAAACAAGUGAACCCAUUAAUUUCACUCAACAUGAAAGAUCAAGGAGGAAUUGUUGACUCUCUAAUUAACACCGACAGACGGUUUGCUUUUAAGCUGUAAUAAACUGGGGCUUAAUACAGCUGAAAACAGCUGACUUUGUGCCAUAUGCCCUGGUUAAAAAAAAAACAACUAAACAGACCUGUAAUUUGUAUAAUGCAUGUCAUGUGAAAUUUUACAGAAGAUCUUGAGUUUUGGAAAAUGCCUAAUAAAAACAGAAAUAGGUAUGCA